GAAGGGUCUGCAGGAACAGAAACAUCUUCAAACGCGAGAGACAGCACACGGGUCCUCUGAGGGAGUCUGCGUCCUGAAACACAUUAGAUUUUGGUUCCAGUUCUCCGCCUGAAUCCCCCCCCCCCCACCACCAUCCGCAGAGAGGAUGAAGUUCGUGCUGGUUCUGGUGGGCGCGGGUUCCCUGGCCUUCCUCGGCGCGGUGAUUUGCAUCAUCGCCAGUGUUUACCCCCGGAAACACGCCUCUCUCGCCGGGGACAACAGCACGCUGGGCCCGGAGGCGCUGCUGGAUCCUCUGGAGCCCCUGGAGCCUUUGGAGCUGCACGGAUCGGACGCCUACCAUGGGGAGAACGGGCUCGGAGGCCUGGAGGUUCCCAGUCUGAACCAGCUCCACCUCGGGGAGGACACCGGAGGAGGAUCCGCCAAACAGUUCAGCUUCAGCCGGCUGAUCUGCACCCCGGUGCCGGUGGGGGAGUGCGGGGGAAACAAGGAGCUGAAGCGGCAGCAGCAGGCGGACCAGCCCGAGGAGGACUGGAGCUUCCUGCGCACCACGGCGGAGGAACUCCGGCAGAUGGUGCUGCAGCAGAACGACCAGAUCCUCAUGGACCAGAGGACGAUCCGGGAGCUGACCGGGAAGCUGAGCGAGUGUGAGAGCGGCCUGGAGGAUGAAAGGAACGUUCCGGAGCGGAGCAUCGGGGUUUGGAGCGGGAACCGGCGUGUCAUGGCUGGAGACGACGUGAGCUCCUCGGCUGCCGCUCAGCUGCAGACGGCCCGGGCUGUGGAGGAGCUGGCCCGGGCCAUCAUGGACCUGAAGGACCGCAUCGAGAAGCUGGAGGCGGAGAUCGGCCCAGCUGCUUUAAACCUCACCGACUCGUUCCCAGGCGGCAGUAGCAGUCCGGGUGUUAACUCCCCCAAACCCCCCGCCCUUCCCACCAGCAGUGCUUCAUCCCCUCCUCUUCCUCGCCGUCCCGCCUCCCCCGGCCCCCGGACCCCAGCGAAGGGCUCCCCCGGGCGGGGAAAGGGCCCCUGGAGGGUGGAGGACCUGGAGGGGGAGCUGGAGAGGCAGAUCAAGCUGCUGGAGAAGGAGCGUCAGACCAUGAGGACGGAGACGGAGGGGCAGCAGGAGAAGAUCAACCAGGGCAUCGACUCGGCCAAACACCGGGUCCAGGAGCUGGAGACAACACUGACGGAGCCGUCGUUCCCGGAUGGAUUCGUCCUCUCCUACCCGAUGAGGACCAACUACAUGUACGGCCUGGUGAGGAAGGAGAUCUCGGAGAUGUACGCCUUCACGGCCUGCGUCUGGCUGAAGGUCAAAGAGGGAGGCAUCGGGACCCCGUUCUCCUACUCGGUGCCGGGUCAGCCCAAUGAGCUGGUGCUGCUGCAGGGAGUCCACAACCCGGUGGAGCUGCUCAUCAACGACAAGGUGGCGCAGCUGCCUCUGACGCUGACGCAGGACGCAUGGCAGCACAUCUGUGUGAGCUGGACGCUGAGGGACGGCGUCUGGAAGGCCUAUCAGGGGGGCAAAAUGAAGGGCCGGGGGGAGGGGCUCGCUGCCUGGCAUCCAAUCAAACCUGGAGGAGUCCUGAUCUUGGGCCAGGAGCAGGACACGUUGGGGGGGCACUUUGACGCCUCCCAGGCUCUGGUGGGGGAGCUGUCCCAGUUCAACCUGUGGGACCGGGUCCUGAAGCCGGCCGAGGUCGCCGCCCUGUCCGAGUGCAGCUCUUCGGCGCUGGGGAAUAUCGCCCCCUGGACCGACCUGGACGUGGACGUUUACGGCGGUGCCACCAAGGAGUCCCUGGACCCCUGCCACGCCCAGAGAUCCAGCCCCAAACAGUGAGGGGGGGGGGGGGGGCUUCCUGCUGGACUGAGCGAGGGACCCGUCGUAUCUGUUUUGUUUUUAGUGUCGUGUCCACGCUCACCUUAGUGGAGAUGCAUGAGAGGAAGCACUUCUGGCAUGAACUGGACUCCUGUGGAAGCGUCGAGUCUCGGCUGAAAGUAGAUCAAAUAACCUCGACGGUUAUUCAGGCGGACGGCUCUCCUGGGUUUGGAUCAACUCUUAAUUUAUUAAAUAUAUCAAUGUAUGAUAUCUUAUGAAAAGUUAUCCGUUGUUGUUCUCCGCUCAUCACGUGCAUAAAGUCUUUUCAAAAUGAACUUCCGUCUUUACUGGAAACCAUUGAGUUGUUUUCGGUCAAGAGAACGUUGAUUGAAAUAUCUAUGAAAGCAGUGUCUGAUAAUCCAGAGUUUACUGAAGGCUAGAAAAACCCAACGCCUUUUGGACAAAUUGGUCACAAAUAAAUUACAUGCCAAAAAAUCCACGAUAAUAAAAAACGUUUCGUGACGCAUAAACUCCCGUUGGGGAAGAAUUUCUGCCAGAGUGGCUUUUAAAAAAACUCCCAAAGAAUACUCACCAAUAAUCCAGAAACGUUUUGACUGGCAAAAAAACUACGAAGGUGAUGUCACUUAAAUACAGAAGUCACGUGACCACCAGUCGUAGUUGGGGUUAAAAAUAGCCAGGAAAGACGCUUAAAAACUACGGAAAUGGCGUUCAUAAAGUACGGAAGUUACGAGACCACUAAGUCGUUAGUGACGUGAGGGUUGAGAAACGAAGGCUUUGACUAAUGGAAUAAGCACUUCAGAAAUGUGGCAAAAAGUUUAGUUUUUUGAGUCUAUCCAAAAUGACUAAAUCUACGUGACGAGUAAGUCUUCACGUCACGAUUACACAGACAUCUCUUCUGUAUAGUAUCUUUCCUCGGUGUGUGCCAGCAGCCCUGCUAAGUGAACGGCAUUUGAUGUGAUGGUUGUAAAGAGUUUCAGUCGCUCUGAUCCCGCUGAGUGGCGUCUGUGUACCGUUCAGUUUUUCUGCGUCCAUGGUCUGGUUAAACCGCGGUCUUAUUAAUGUGUGACGUGUCAUGUUGUUCUGCUCUGUGCCAGUCUGCUUUUAUCAAGCUCAACUUGAGACAGAAGCUCUGAAUAAAACACUCUGUGCUUCAUCUCUGGAGUUCAUUACAAGUGGAAGAAAGACACGGUGGAAUUAAUGUUAACCACAGUGAACGAGCGUCCAGGUCAACACUGUGUCUCUAAAGUAAGACUCAUUACCUCAAGACUCUGCCCACAGCUGAUCCGUCUGCAGUGUCAAGUGCCUGGGCUCGGAAAUAACUAUACUGUUUCAUUUAUGUGUUCUUCUUCUUCUUCUUCUUCUUCUUCUUCUUCUUCUUCUUCUUCUUCUUCUUCUUCUUCUUCUUCUUCUUCCUCUUCUUCUUCUUCUUCUUCUUCUUCUUCUUUUUCUGUCUGCUUCUGGAUGUUGCGCUUGUCUUUAUUUGGAUCUUCUAUGAUAUUGUGAA